AUGGAUUCAAAUCCUACAGCUGCAAUUGCUCACGAGAUCCCACAUUUUUUUCGGGUUUACAAAGAUGGCCGCGUCGAAAGAUUUCGGAACCAUGACUUUGCCCCAGCCUCAGACAAUCCACAAACCGGCGCCCGAUCGAAAGACGUAGUUAUUGUACCGGAAAACAACGUAUCAGUACGCUUUUACCUUCCAAAAAUCACCCAAGAUGACCAGAAAUUUCCACUCAUUGUGUACUUCCAUGGUGGUGGGUUUACGAUCGAGUCUGCAUUUUCAACCUAUUAUGAUAGUUACCUCCACUCUGUUGCUGCUGAAACCAAUGUGCUGGCCAUAUCUGUUGAGUAUAGAUUAGCCCCAGAACACAAAAUCCCUGCGUGCUACGACGAUGCCUGGGCUGUGAUGAAAUGGGUUGCUCAAGGAACUGAUCCAUGGCUAAAAACCCAUGCUGAUUUUUCUCGGGUUUUCUUGGCGGGUGAUAGUGCCGGAGCUAAUAUUGCUCAUAACAUGAUGAUGCGCUCAAGUGUAGAUGAAGAUAAACACACGAUUGGCUUGAGACUUGUUGGGAUGGCAUUAAUUCACCCCUUUUUCGGAAAUGAUGAGCCUGAUAAGAUUUGGACAUAUAUUUGUCCGGAAAAUCCCAGAAGCGAUGAUCCUAGAUUUAAUCCGGCGGUUCACCCAAGUUUGCUAUCCAGGCUUGUUUGUCCUAAAGUUCUGAUUUGUACUGCAGGGAGUGAUUUUUACAAAGAUAGAGGCUGGACUUACUAUGAGGCGCUGAAGGGAAGUGGAUGGGGAGGUGAAGUGGAAAUUAAGGAAACAGAAGGGGAGGACCAUGUCUUCCAUUUGGUUGAUACAAAUUGUGAGAACGCCAGGUGUUUGAUGAAAUGGUUGGCUGAUUUUUUCCAUCAGACAGGCUGA